AUGAUCGAGAUGCUUUCGAGACGUGCAGAAGCAGAAGCGAGGUUCUACAAGAGAAGUUCGGCCAAGAACAUAGCUAAUGAGUACAAGAAAGCUCUUUCCAACUUUAUACAUAUGAAUGAGAGUGAAAUCAGGAACAACACCGACCUCACCUGCUUGGAUCAAAGGUUUUGGGUAGCAUGUGAUGCAAAUUUCAAGGCAUUGAAAGAGAUUGCCUUAAAAUCCAUGUCUAUUGCUGCAACCGAAGCUGAUGUGGAAAGAAUGAUUUCAAUUGUGCGGAACCUGC